AUGGUUUCAAAGGUAAUAAAAUUGGACGAUUUCAAUAAUCGAAGAAAUGAAUUACUUUCUGAAUUAUCCGAAUUUCAUCUAACAAAAAAAUUUAUUGAAGAAACACAAAAAACGAUUUCGGAUUUAAAUGAUGAAAAGGAUGUUCAUAGCGAAAUGAUACAACAAAUUAAUAUGGAUAAAGUGGAACUUGAAAAAGUAAUGUUAUUGGCAAAAGAAGAGCGAAAACAAAUCGAGGAAAAUAUUGUGAAAAAAUAUGAAGAAAUAUUUCGAAUUUUAGAACAAAGCAAUGAAUAUUCGAAAGAAAGUGGUGUACCGGAAGAAAAUCUUAUUCCAGUUUCUAUUAUUCCACCGAAUAAAAUUAUUGCGUAA